AUGGCAUUUCUCAUGAAACACAUGUUGGGUGAUAAGUUGAAGAAUAUGUCUGGUGGGGAUGGCGAAGAGGCUGCGAAGGUGGAAGCAGAUGGAAAGGAGACGCCGGAGUCCAAAGGAAUGUCCAGGGAGGAGUUUGAGGAAUAUCAGAGGCAACUGGUGGAGGAAAAGAUUGAGCGUGAUAAGGACUUUGCCAUGAAGAAGGCUGAGAGAGCCAAUCUACGGGUUGCACUUAGGGACAAAUACAGACUUCCAGAUAGUGCUCAAGAUGAUGCAACAGUUCAGAUGGCAGGAGAUGACAUUGACCUCCCAGAGGACCUUGCAAAGAUGGUGGAAGAAGAUGAGGAGGAGGAGGAGGCCGACGAUUCGUUUCUGGGAAAACUUCAAAAUAUGGAUGUGGAUGCGCUGAAAACUAAAGCCCAGGUCACGAUGACAGAGGUGAAACAGGCUGCCGAGGAAAAGUGUACCGUUAUGUAAACACAUACUUGUAUUUUCUUCGUAUUCACUCGCAUCUCAGCUCAUUUAUUCCAACUCUGUACUGUGAAGUGAUUAUUUACAAUUUGUAAAAAAAAAGAAAGUGAAACUCAAUUUAAUCCAGCAAGAUAUUUCCUCCUGUUUAAUUCUGACUAUUGCCGGAGGACCUUCCUCCCCCUCACCUGUUG